AGCUCCGGAUCCAAAGUGGGAGCCAAGGAAAGCGCUGAAGAGAACUUAGCUUUCAUUGAAUAGUUUACUUGUUCAAUUACGGUGUGGACACUGAAAUGAAUCGCAUGCGGGGCAAUCGUUUUUGAGAUGUAUUUGCUUUAACAUUAUUGUUUUUUUUUAUUUAAAAUUGCAAUAUACUUCUCGAAAUGUUAAGGCAUCAUCAUCAGUGGACUACCUACUACAACAAAACAAAGCAGUCAUCUUUUUUCUUGCUCUAGUCUGGGGGCUAGUCAAGUUUAAGGGAAACACAUUUAGACUUUUUUGGCUUUAGAAGCCCUUAUUUGGGAGCUUAUUUACUCGCACAAAUGAUUUGAAUGGGUCAGAAUUUACUGGUUGGAGAAAGCUUUGGACUCGUGUCUAUGGAAUAGAAAUAGCCUACUGAAUGGAGACCUACAUGAACUCGAGGAGCAAAGUUAAGCAAGAAAUGCCGCCGACAAUGACUACCGCGACUAUGUUCACUAUUAUAUUCUUCAUUCAAGUUCUUGCAGUGCAUGGGGUCUCCUUUCACUUCACCAAGGAACCAAAGUCCCAGGAUGCACUGCACGGGCGUAGUGCCAUGCUACGCUGCGAGGUCAGCGAGUCAGAAGACAUGAGCUAUAGCUGGCUUCAGAAUGGCCAGGCAGUGACUGACUCGGAACAGCGUUUUCAGGAAGGCCCCAACCUCAAGUUCACCGCCGUGGAUCGAACAUUGGAUGCUGGAAACUUCCAGUGCCUGGCAUACAGGAAUUCCACUGGUGAAGAGGAGCGCUCUACAAAUGCAUCGUUCAAUAUUAAAUGGUUAGAGAGCGGGGAUGUGACCCUGAAGGAGCCUGCGACUGAGCAGGAGAUCCAGAGCUCUGCCCCCGUCAUCCUCAGGUGCAACAUUGACGGGCACCCAAGGCCAACGUGCCAUUGGUACAGAGAUGGCAUACGUCUGCCAGAGAGGACACACCAGAUCAACAACAAGGAGCGCACCCUCACACUACCCAGUGCCAACCCCGAAAACAACGGCCUGUACUACUGCUGCGCCAAGAACGCCGCCGGCCAUGUCUGCAGCAACGCCAACUUCACCCUCAACAUCAUAGAUAAGAGCUACCCUCAGCCCGUGGUCUCCCCAGAGGACGUGGUGGUCCUGAGGAAUGAGGAGGCUCUCCUGCGCUGCCAGUUCUCUGCCGAGCCCCCGCCCACGAUGGAGUGGUACCACGAGGACGAACUCGUCGCCAACAAGUCACGCUUGGUCUUAUUGGGCAAUGGCUCUCUCCUUAUCACCCAAGUGAAGCCUCGGAACACUGGUCUCUACAAGUGUGUUGCCAAAGGCCUUAGUGGUCCCGCUGUUACUCUGAAGGCCACUGUUCGGUUAGCAGAGAUUGAGGACAUGGGCUCUGGUAUAAGCCAUGUCUUCACCGACGACACCCCACAGCGGAUCCCCUGCCAGUCCCCUCGCGGCUACCCGGAACCCGAUGUGUGGUGGGAGCGUGACGGGAAGAAGGUUGCCGACGAGGGCCGGGUGCACCAAAGCGGCCUGUCCCUGGUCUUCAACCCUAUCUUGAGGGAGGACUCGGGCACCUACAGCUGUGUGGCACAGAACAAGGCUGGGACCAAGAGGCGGGAGCUGACCAUCACUGUGGCCACUGCUCCAGAGUGGGUGGAGAAGCCUGUGGACACCGAGAUGCAAGAAGGCCAACCAGGCUACCUGCACUGCCACACCCAGGCCACACCUCAGCCCCAGGUCACCUGGUACCGCAACUUUGCCCCCCUCAGUUCCGAGGAUGUUCGUUAUAAGCUGUUUCCCAAUGGGACCCUGAGGAUCAACACGGUGGAGGUGUAUGACAGUCACAUGUACACAUGCCAGAGCCAGACAGAAGGGGGCAGACUGGAGGCCAGAGCCCGGGUCUUUGUACUGGAGAAGCUGAAGUUCACCCCGACCCCCCAGCCCUCUCAGUGUCUGGAGCUGGACACGGAGAGCACGGUGCAGUGCUCCGCCAAGGGCCGCGAAAACCCCACCAUCCUCUGGGCUCCAGCAGACGGCAGCGAACUGCCUGCCCAUGUGGUCCAGAACGGCGGCGCUCUCCACUUCACCACAGUGACGCGGGCUGACAGUGGCAACUACACGUGCACGGCCACCAACCGCCUGCAGGGCCAGAUCAAAGCAGCCGUGCAGCUCACAGUGGCAGUCUACAUAGUGUUCAAGCUGGAGCCAGAGAACACAACAGUGUACCAGGGCCACACAGCCAUUCUCCACUGCCAGGCCACAGGUGACCCUGCUCCCUUCAUCCAGUGGAAGAAGAAGGACAAGUUCCUUGAGCCUAGCAAGAGCAGGUUCCAGAAGAUGCCCAACGGCUCUCUGGUCAUUCACGAUGUAAGCAUGGAGGACACGGGGAGCUACACUUGCAUUGCAGGCAACAGCUGCAACAUCCGUCACACCUCUGCCCAGCUCUACGUCGUGGAGAAGCCAGUGCACCACUCUCUGGAGGAGGAGGAAAGGGCGCCCUACAAAAUGAUCCAGACUGUUGGCCUAUCGGUGGGCGCUGCCGUCGCCUACAUCAUCGUUGUGCUGGGGCUGAUGUUCUACUGCAAGAAGAGACGCAACGCCAAAAGGCUCGACAAGGGGCCGGAGGGAGAGGAGGCAGAACACCUCAACGGGGGCAGUGCCCAGCCCAAUGGGCAGGCCACAGCAGAGGUCCAGGAGGAGUUGGCUCUCACCAACAUGGGAGGCGGUGCAAGCGGCAACAAUAAACGACACAGCAGCCAGAACCCUGAGAAGCUGCUGUACCCCCGAAGCAACCUGACCACCAUCACCACCCUAGGUAAAGGUGAGUUUGGGGAGGUCUUCCUAGCCAAAGCUAAGGGCCUGGGGGGAGGAGGAGGAGGAGGAGGGGGAGGAAAAGCGAGUGACGACGAGGAGGAGACGGUUGUCCUGGUGAAGAGCCUGCAGACGCGGGACGAGGCGGCUCAGCUGGAGUUCCGGCGUGAGGCCGAGAUGCUGGGCAAGACAAGCCACCCCAACCUGGCCCGCCUGCUGGCCGUGUGCAGAGAAGCCGAGCCCCAUUACCUGGUCCUGGAGUACGCCGACAUGGGUGAUCUGAAGCAGUACCUCAAGUUGGCGAAAGCCAAGGAGGAGAAGCCCAAGUCCCAUCACCUCAGCACCAAGCAGAAAGUGGGAGUCUGUCUCCAGGUUGCCCGGGGAAUGGAGCACUUGUCCAAUCAGCGCUUCGUUCACAAAGACCUGGCCACGCGCAACUGCCUGAUCAGCGCCAAGAGACAUGUCAAAGUGUCUGCCCUGGGACUCAGCAAGGACGUCUACAACAACGAGUACUAUCACUACCGCCAGGCCUGGAUCCCGCUGCGCUGGCUUCCGGCCGAAGCAGUCUUCGAGGAUGACUACUCCACCAAGACGGACGUGUGGUCCUUUGGCGUGCUCAUGUGGGAGGUGUUCAGCCUGGGAGAGAUGCCCCACGCCGCGCUGGCUGACGACAAGGUCCUCGAAGAGCUGAGAGAGGCCAAAGGAAAGCUGCCUCUGCCCCAGGGCUGCCCCUCCCGAGUGUACAAGCUCAUGGUACGCUGCUGGGCGCCCAGCCCCAAGGACCGGCCCUGCUUCAGCGACAUCGUGGGAACCCUCUGCGAGCUGCCCUCCGAGAGCAAGGUGUGACAUGGGAUACACCCCCAGGAAAUAAGACAGAGUCCAGAGUCUGACAGUGUGUGUGUGUGUGAGAGACAAAGAAGGUUGGUGUGUUCCUACAAAUGUAUUCAUUUCCUAAUAGGGACACCUGUGUGAAAGGUAAUGUUUUACAUAGAAUUGUUGUUUAUGUCUGAUAUGUUUAUCUGUGAUUGCGGAAGCGACCUGAUUGUGGACUAAAGUACUAGACGUGUGAUGUUCUGCGUGUGGCGAUAGUGUGCAUCAGUGUGUCUGUAAUGAACGUCUGCUUGUAUGUUUGUGUAUUUGAGUGUGUGUGUGUGUGUGUGUGUGUGUUUCUGUGACUUCACUUAUCUCGCUACACACUCAUGGACUUUCAUUCAAGGCUUUUCCAGACGAUAUCUGAAUUUUAAUUGGGUGACUCAAAUCGUCCCCUUGAGGAUUACAAAGACAGUUUAUUGAUGAUUGAUUUCUGAAGCCUUAUUGCCUUAUCCAAUACAUUUUAUUCAAAAGCUGAGUUAAUCUGGGCGAUAAAAAUAAAUGUUUGGCAGCAAUAAAAAUGUGUCUGCAACUCACGGGGCCGUGGAGGAUUCAAUCAACCCAGUCUGGGCCGUGAAGGUUCUACCUCUUGCUGGAGAAAUGCAUCAUUGCCCACCAAGAUUUUUGGGACCAGGAAACAACCAACUGAAUUUCAUUCAAACUUUUCACAGACCCUGUUCUGCAUGCAUCAAAACAAUAUUUCCAAAACAUUUCAAACUGUAAAUUGGGGCUGGAAGGGAGAUAAUCUGUAACCUGUUUAAAACAAUAUACCAUAGGUCAGUGAAUUGUUUGAACGCACCUGCUACCUGUCUUGUCAGCCGGAUCGGUGAAUGAAUAAAUAUGUAUAUGAACCAACCAGAAGUACUGUUUUGGGGCCCAGGUACUUAAUACAUUUUUGUGGCUUUGUUUGUUAAAUAUUGUAGGUAAGGCAACCUACUCAGAAACACGUUUUGUUACACUCCUAUAAUGUGUGAAUAUCACUUUCCUUUUGUCUUACAAUCUUAGCCACCGUUUUGAGAAAGUUACAAUGCCUUUUCUUUUUUUUUAUAAAAAAAAAAAAAAAAAGAAUUCCAGGCUUCCAUCUGUGGCCUGGCAAACCAGUCUGAUGGCUACGCUCACCCUUUAUCUUCAC